AUGUCAACGUGGAAAACAAGGCUGACCCGAGGACUGAAAUCCCCAGCUCCAAGAAUGCAUCCAUUUCCUUGCUCAGCGCUCCUCACCUGCUUUGGGAACACAAGGGAGAAUGUGCCCUUUGAUCAAUCCAGUUCAGCUGAUGCCCAUUCCACCAUCUAUGUCCAGCCCUUGGCCAAAGCGAGGGGACAUGAAAGUCACCCAGGAGGUCUGGAGGAAAUCCCAGAGGAAAAACUGAGUUCCUGUACUUACUCAGAGAAAAAUGGCAGUACAGGUAACCAUUCUGUUGUGCAACCUGCUCCCAUACCUGAAGAUCUGCCUGUGUUCCCAGCUGAUGAGCCAGACUGCAAUUCAGUUAUGUUCCACACUUCCAUACCCAGACCUUCCAUCGUCGAAACGCCAAAGGAAGAAGAAAUACAAGGAGAGCCUCAUUGUCUCGUGGUGGAACAUAAGUUUACAACAGAUACUACAGUUGAGGAUCCUGAACUAAAAGAUUCCACUCUCCUUCCAAAAAGUAUCAUGGCUGAACCUGACUACAUAGAGGAUGACAAUCCUGAAUUAAUCAAGCCUCAGAAAUUAAUCAAUCCUGUCAAAAUUUCCCGGAACCAUCAAGAUCUUCACAGAGAACUUCUGAUGAAUCAGAAAAGGGGUCUUGCACCUCAGAAUAAACCAGAGCUACAGAAAGUGAUGGAGAAGAGAAAACGAGACCAAGUGAUAAAGCAGCAGAAGGAAGAGGAAGCCCAAAAAAAGAAAUCUGAUUUAGAGAUAGAACUACUGAAACGGCAGCAAAAGUUGGAGCAGCUUGAACUUGAGAAGCAGAAGAUUCAAGAGGAGCAGGAAAAUGCCCCAGAAUUUGUGAAGGUGAAAGGAAACCUGAGAAGAACAGGCCAAGAAAUGGCGGAAGUCCAGGAUUCUUAGGCAUACACUGUGCAGAAACUUGCUGGACUCUAGCCCCUUGCUGCAGAGAGGAUGUUCCUGUAGGAUCAUCUCCAGCGCUGCUUCCUCUUGAGCCAAUAGUAGCAUGGAGAGACAUCUGUUUUUGAGAAAAAGCCAGCCAGCAGAAGUUUUAAUUUUUAAAAGGGGUUAUUUUGUUUAUCAUUUUUUCUUGAAUCUGGGGGGGAUAAAUUGACUAUGAUAGCUGCAGUUCAGAUUCGCCAAAUGAAAUAUGUUGACCAGCAGAUAAGCAGCUUAUUGUUGGUAUAACAGACUUGUCUUCAGAGACUCAAAAGAAAGGAUGAGGACACUGGAGUAUCUUAAGUGUUGCACUACUUGGUUUCUUCCAACCUAACUGUAGUGGGGACAUAGUACUUUUAUUUUUUCUUCUUUUAAAAAAUAUUAUUUUUCUAACUCUUGGUUAUCUUUUAAAGAAUUCAGCUUACACAAAAAUGUGCUUAUCUGUUACUUUUCGUGACUGUGACUCUGGUUUGGAAAGCCUGAAAAUCUUAGCAUGGGUUAAAUCUUAACACCUAAGUGUGGAAAAAAAUGUUCAUUUGUAUUGAAUGGUCAGCACAGGUUGUAUCUUAGUUGACCUGAAAUUAUAGGAUUAGGAAGCAGUGAAGAAGUUUUAAAAUCUCAACUCUGAAUCCACUUUUAGUAAAACCAUAAUACAUAGAUUAUGUAGGAAUUUUUUUCCUUUUUUUAGUCAUUUCUAUUUUUGAGCAGCAGUAUAUUAUUUGGUUAACAUUCCAACCCAAAGAAGGGUAUUUGACAUUUUCCCUGAUGGUUUGAUGGCAUAGUUGUCCCUCUCAGUAUUUUCUUUUUUUGUUUUUUCCAGCUCGUUUGUUUAGGCAAAAUGUUGGGAGUCUGUAGACCCAAGUUCAGUGUUAUAAGUAGAGGUCAAGAUCCUUUAAUUACUUUGGUCUUCUCUUAGCCACAUGGGGAGAAUCCUAAGUGGGAGCUCUGUAGCAAGAUAUUUUAGCUUAAUGUGAUGCAAGUAUGAACUGGUCUCAAGGAGACUUACUUUAGAAGAUUUUCUUGCAUUUGUACAUUUUGAAUGUUAGAAAUGAAGCUUUGGAAAAUUUUUGAUUAAUGAUCACACAUGCCUUUACUGUUUUUUUUUUCCUGUGAAGGCAGCAUAUUACCACUGUCUCAGUAAUAAUGACUACUAAAUUCCCUCUCAGGAAAAGCCAAUAUUAGGGGAGAGACUUGCUAAGAUUCUUCUUGCUAGCCAGAGUACUAUUGAGAAGUAAAUUCCCAGUUGUAAACAAUAGCUAAAUAUUUAUGCAAAUGUAUUUUCUAUCUUGCAUGUGCAGGAGUGCCUCCCAUUUUGGAUGAAAAUUGGGAAAAGUGUAGUUUCAAUAUUGUUCUCUGUCUCGGAUGUAGAGCCAGUGACUUCUUUGGGCAAGACACUAUUUUUGCCUGACUUUAUGUAAAGUUCAACCUCGAAGCCAUCUGAGGGCUUUGAAAACUAUAAUGGCAGUUGGCAUCAUUGGGGGAUUUUGUAGGACCAGAUUUCAAAUCCUCAAGUGAGCAGCAUAGCACAAAUAUGUAAAGUUACAACGUAAAGAUAGAGAACAUGUUAUAGGAAAUUAUAUUUGAAAUAGAUUAUCCAGUUCAUCAGUGAGGAUUAUUGCUACAGAAUACAAAUGUGAUUAUCAGGCAGAAAUGUUAUUUUAUCCUAUUAGUUUUGUCUUUGUAAAAUGAAAUGGUGAUGGCUGAGAUUUUCCUCCCAUUUCUCUACUCCUUUUGAGAAGAAGUAUGGUGAUGGAUCAUCUCAAAAGUACAUUUCCAAUUUCACAUUGACUAGGAUUUCUUCCUUUUGUGUGUCGGGUUGAUGGAGUGAUUUAUAAUACCAGGAUUUAGGAUAAGUCCACAACUCUCUUACUCAGCAAGAUCUUAGAUCUUUAGAUUCCUACAUUGGUGGUAAAUAUCUUGAGCUAUUCAAAUUGAAGAGAUACCCAUCUGCUUUGCUUGCUCAGCACAGCCCUUUAAAAGGAUCAUGCUAUCCCUUGUCAUCCCAUCAUAGUCUGCUUGAAGCUGCUUCUUCUCUGGUGGUGGGGAGGAGUAACAGUGGAUUGGCAUUUUCCUCCCAGACUCACUAGCUGGUGUGCUGAGUGGUUUUCAGCCUAAUAGACAAAAUGCUUCAAAACAGUCCUGUAAAUAUAGUGUGAAAGUAGGGUUUGUUGUUACAAAACAAGUAGAAUAUAUAGUUAGAGUUCAUCUUAGGAUCCUGAUAGGCCCAGCCUAUAAAUCUGAGUUAAAACAUGGCAAGCAAAAUCUCCCUUAAAAUAAAAAAAGCUAUACAACUUGGUUAGAA